UAUGAACAAUCUUGGAUUAGUUAUAAAAUGUCUUUGCUAGCGUCAGCCUUACAAUUGAACCAAUCACCGACGAAGGGGCGUUGACUAAGGCUAUCGAACUUCGGCUUGACUACAGAAGAAGAAGAAAAAGAAGAAAAUAAUGUCGUGUGCACGAACAUCCGACAAAAACCGUUACCGAAAACCAAAACCGUUACCGAAGACCAAAACCGUUACCGAAGACCAAAACCGUCACAAAAUGUCGUCAUAAUAUAUGCCGUACCGAACUGUUUUGGAUGCGAAGCAUGCCGUUAUUAGACGGGGAGAGUGACACACACACACAUAUAUAUAUAUAUAUUGUUGCCUGAACUGAGGGACCCGAAUUAGCUAUUGUGCUAAACCGAGUCGCUGCUAACUAGCUAGCUUGUUAUCGUGUGUUUUAGUCAGACAUUUAGCUAGCGUUAGCUAAGGUUUACAGAGUACCUACCACCUGAAUACCCUUUCUCAGGUUGCAAGCACGUCCUAGCUAGUUAGCCAUGUUGACUUGUAGCGAACAUUAACUACAUCGAUUUAAGUCAACAGUAACUAGCUAAAAUGCAGUCACACCGGCUACAAGUUAUCUGCUAACGCGUUAGCUAGCUAAGGUUUAUUUCGGUUCGGGCACAGUAGGCAGGGGUCUGUCCUGUUUGCCCUCCGAUUUGGGUUUUGCUUUCAUCUGUCAAACUGAGGAUUCACAAACCCGGUGGCUGUCGGAGGUGUGACGUCAACGCCCGGUGCUCUUCAUCGAGGAGCCGUGAUCUGAUUGGUCCGUUUGGGUUGCGGCUGGCGGGCUGGCUCCUCCCCCUCCCGGCGGCAGCGUGCGUUCCCAGCUGCCUCCCUGCACCCCACGCUCGCCCGGCCUGCUCGCCCAUGCCCCCGCCACCCCCACCAGGCCCUCCAACGCCAUGUGCCUUCCCCACACCAUGGAAGCAGCAAUGGGGAAGCACGGAGCGAGUCAGGCAGGGUUAGGCCUCGGGGGGCUGGGCCAGGGGGGGCGGCGGUGUGGAGGGGUACCACUAGAGCCCUUCGUACACCAGGUGGGAGGGCACACCAGUAUGAUGCGUUACGACGACCACACGGUGUGUAAACCCCUCAUCAGCCGGGAGCAACGCUUCUACGAGUCGCUGCCUCCGGAGAUGAAGGAGUUCACAGCAGAGUACAAAGGCAUGGUGUUGGUAUGUUUUGAGGGGGAUAUUGACGGAUACAUCAACUUGGUAGCGUACCCGUAUGUGGAGAGCGAGAUCCUGGACCACGAGGACCUACCGGAGAGGGACCAACCCCGGAGAAAACACUCCCGACGGAGCCUCCUCCGCUCCACCUCCGAGAUCAAAGAGGAGAGGCUACCACACGAGAACGACAGCACUGAGAAUCUCCAGGAGCUGAAGAGUCCUCGUCUAGAGCUCCAGAUCUACAGUGAUAUUCCCUUCCAGAUGCUGGAUAACAACAGCGGCCUGGGCUCAGAGAAGAUCAGCCACAACCCCUGGAGCCUCCGCUGUCACAGGCAGCAGCUCAGCCGCAUGAGAUCAGAGUCCAAGGACAGGAAGCUCUACAAGUUUCUGCUCCUGGAGAACGUGGUUCACCUCUUCAGCUACCCGUGCAUCCUGGACCUGAAGAUGGGCACACGGCAGCAUGGGGACGAUGCCUCGGAGGAGAAAGCAGCCAGGCAGAUGCAGAAGUGCGAGCAGAGCACCUCCGCCACCCUGGGGGUUCGUGUCUGUGGGAUGCAGGUGUACCAGAUGGAUACGGGCCACUAUCUGUGCAGGAACAAGUACUACGGCCGCAGCCUGUCCAUCGAGGGCUUCCGCCACGCCCUCCACCAAUACCUGCACAACGGGGCGUCGCUCAGGAAGGACCUGUUUGAGCCCAUGCUGUGUAAGUUACGCAGCCUGAAGGCCAUUCUGGAGAGACAGACCACCUACCGCUUCUACUCAUCCUCCCUGCUAAUCAUCUAUGAGGGGAAGGAGCCUGAGCUGGCCUACCAGCUCCACCAGGAGCCUCUCCAGCCCCUUCCACCCCAGCCCUCAGACCCCCACACCCCCCCUCCACCACUACCACUCCCCUCCAGCCCCAGCAUCAGUGUGGACGUCCGCAUGAUAGACUUUGCCCACAGCACCUUCAAAGGUUUCCGCGACGACCAGACGGUGCACGACGGGCCGGAUCGGGGCUACGUGUUUGGAUUAGAGAGCCUCAUCAAGAUCCUAGAGGGCCUCCGAGAGGAGAACCUGUAGUAGCCGAACCUGGGACUGACGAAUUGGUCUUGUCUCAAAUGGAUGGUACCCCCUAUUCACUAUGUAGUACACUACUUUUGAACAGGGCCCAUAGGGUGUUAACGUCUUCUUUCUCUUUAAUUAUUAUUAUUAUUUUUUAAAUAAAACCCAGGGUGCGUCCAAAAAAGGGAAGCCUUACUCCUAUAAGGAUCUAGUCAAAAGUAGUGUACUAUGUAGGGAAUAGGGUGCCAUUUGGGAUGUACCGAUGAUGGUGGUUCAGGAGAAGACUAACUGACACAUCUUCAGAUGUCCUCCUCUCCCUCAGUGCUACUACCCGCUACCCUGUCCUCAAUGACUCUGUUUUGGAGCAAGAAAAGCACAUUAUCUGUAAUAAGAAACCUGAUGGAGCAGUGAUCUGUAAUGAGGAUCUGAUGGAGCAAUGAUCUGUAAUAAGAAACCUGAUGGAGCAGUAAUCUGUAAUAAGAAGGACCCGCUGGAGCAAUGAUCUGUAAUAAGGAGGGCCUGAUGGAGCAAUGAUCUGUAAUAAGGAGGACCCGGUGGAGCAACAAUCUGUAAUGAGGACCUGAUGGAGCAAUGAUCUGUAAUAAGAGGGGUCUGAUGGAGCAGUGAUCUGUAACGAGGACCUGAUGGAGCAGUGAUCUAUAACGAGGACCUGAUGGAGCAAUGAUCUGUAAUGAGGACCUGGUGGAGCAGUGAUCUGUAAUAAGGACAUGAUGGAGCAAUGAUCUGUAAUGAGAAGGAUCUGAUGAAGCAAUGAUCUGUAAUAAGGACCUGGUGGAGCAAUGAUCUGUAAUAAUAAGGACCUGAUGGAGCAGUGAUCUGUAAUGGGGACAAGAUGGAGCAAUGGUCUGUAAUGAGGAUCUGAUGGAGCAGUGGUCUGUAAUAAGGAUGACUUGAUGGAGAAAUUAUCUGUAAUGAGGACCUGGUGGAGCAGUGAUCUGUAAUGAGGACCUGAUGGAGGAGUGAUCUGUAAUAAGGACCUGAUGGAGCAAUUAUCUGUAAUGAAGGAUCUGAUGAAGCAAUGAUCUGUAAUAAGAAGGACCUGAUUGAGCAAUAAUCUGCAAUUAGGACCUGAUGGAGCAAUGGUCUGUGAUUAGGACCUGAUGGAGCAAUGAUCUGUAGUAAGGACCUGGUGGAGCAAUGAUCUGUAAUGAGGACCUGGUGGAGCAAUGAUCUGUAAUGAGAAGGAUCUGAUGGAGCAAUGAUCUGUAAUGAGAAGGAUCUGAUGGAGCAAUUAUCUGUAAUAAGGACCUGGUGGAGCAAUGAUCUGUAGUAAGGACCUGGUGGAGCAAUGAUCUGUAAUGAGGACCUGGUGGAGCAAUGAUCUGUAAUGAGAAGGAUCUGAUGGAGCAAUGAUCUGUAA